AAUAAUUGUUGCGCUACGCUCCAGCUCAGUAAGGGUCCACUCUAGCAGUCUCCACCUCUUCCGGUUCUUCGCUUCCUCUCCGCAACAGAGUCCCCCUGAGGACUCGAGAAGCAAGUGAGAGAGACGCAGGAAGAGUGUGUCGAGAUUUUGUGUCGAUCUCUCUUUCUCGUCUCUCUCCAGAUCAUUGUCAAUGUCGGACGAACCUUCUCUCACUCGCUGGUCUUUCAAGGAUUUCAAGGUUUUUUAUGAUGCUAAGUUUGGGCGAAAGAAAGUGCCGGAGCCUGACGAUGCGGGGGCAGAUGGUAGAACUGCUGGUGUGGCUGUGUCUAAUGGGAAUUCUUCGAAUUUAACUGCAAAUGGAAGUGGGCAUGCGAAGGGCAUCUCGGAUGCGGCCAUUUACGAGCAGUUUCAGAACCAGGGCGAGAGGAGCUCAACGCACACAAAUGGAGUUCCGCUUUACCAAAAGCCUCAGAAGUCCCUACUUCCUGCUUUUGACUCAGUGGAAACACGUGCUUUAGCAGAGAGCUUGUGUAGGGAUAUUAUUCGUGGGAGUCCAGAUGUGAAAUGGGAAACUAUCAAAGGAUUAGAGAAUGCCAAGCACCUGCUUAAAGAAGCUGUUGUCAUGCCUAUAAAGUAUCCCAUGUACUUUACUGGUCUUCUAUCACCAUGGAAAGGUAUUCUUCUUUUUGGCCCUCCAGGAACUGGGAAGACAAUGCUUGCGAAGGCUGUUGCAACAGAGUGCAAUACCACAUUUUUCAAUAUUUCAGCAUCAUCUGUCGUCAGCAAAUGGCGUGGCGAUUCUGAGAAGUUAGUGAAAGUGCUAUUUGAGCUUGCUAGGCACCAUGCCCCAUCAACUAUAUUUAUAGAUGAAAUUGAUGCAAUCAUUAGUCAACGCGGUGAAGCACGUAGUGAGCAUGAAGCAAGCAGGCGCUUGAAAACUGAGCUACUCAUACAGAUGGAUGGGUUGAUGCGGACGGAUGAGCUUAUAUUUGUUUUGGCAGCAACCAAUCUUCCUUGGGAACUGGAUGCAGCCAUGCUCCGACGUCUUGAAAAGCGGAUCCUUGUACCUCUUCCGGAACCAGAAGCAAGAAGAGCCAUGUUUGAGGAGCUUUUACCAUCAUUGCCUGGUGAAGAGAAGCUUCCGUACGAUAUAUUGACAGAAAGGACAGAAGGCUAUUCGGGUUCAGAUAUUCGGUUGCUGUGCAAAGAGGCUGCCAUGCAGCCCUUGAGACGAUUAAUGGUUCUCCUAGAGGACAAACAAGAAGUGGUGCCGGAGGAUGAAUUGCCAAAAGUUGGGCCGGUCACACAUGAAGACACUGAGACAGCUUUGAAGAACACAAGACCAUCUGCUCAUCUCCAUGCCCACCGUUAUGAGAAGUUCAAUGCUGAUUAUGGUAGUCAAAUAUUCCAGUGAAAGCACAUAGAAUUGUAUUAUUUUAGAAGUGUAAAAUAUAUUCCUUCUUGUGAUCAGGUGUUUUCAGCAGAGUAUUUAUUUUAAUUGCUAAUCAAUAAUUGGUUGAAUGAAGUAGAGUGGGAAUAUACUAGGCAUUGCACAGGAUAUAUAAUGGUUUCAGAAGAAUAUUUUUGUGGCGGUCUUAAAAAAGGGUGAUUUCAACCAGCGGGCCAUAAACAAUGAUAUUUAAUGUUAUUUUAGAACAAUAUCAAUUUUGCAA